CAAAACAACAUGGCGGACACCAGGGAAACUUGAGGAACUGUCAGCUUCAUGCGAUUAAAGCUACAUUUUGGACGUGAUAACGCAUAUCAUAAGUGUGGCUGACUUAGAAUCAACAUGGCACAGGCGAACGAGAUAGAAGACAUGAAUGCUGGAGAAGGGGAGGAUGCUGGUUUGACAGAUGACGCCGAAAUGGCGCUUACUGGCAUCAACAUGCUGCUAAACAACGGGUUCGAUGAAGCUUAUGCUCUCUUUGAGAAAUACAAAAACGAAAGCCCAUUGAUGCAUGCUGGCUACAGCUUUGUGUUCUUCAUGCAAGCUCUCAUGUCAUUCGAGGAAGAGAAGUUAGGUGAAGCUCUGAAAGUUCUCCAGCAUACAGAGAAGAAAUGUGAAAUAAGUGAUGGCUUUUUACGAUCUGUGAAGAAACGGUUUUCAAAGAAAAAACGACAGCAAUCAGAGGCUGAAGUGAGUGUCGAGGAUCGUAUCCAACGCCAAGUGAUUGUUGCAGACUCGUUGCUGUACCAGGCGAUUCUUGUCUUCACAAACCAGGACAUCGCUAGUUAUGUAAAGGGUGGGUGGUACCUAAGAAAGGCUUGGAAACUCUAUGAGAAGCUUCACAGGGAGGUCUUGGAUCUUAGUGAGAAACAAGCACGGGCAAAGAUUGAAAAAAUGACCAACAGCCUUCCUUCCAAUGUUAGCCAGAACAGUGUAUACGUCCAUGACAGCGACACAGAUGGCAAUGACAAUGAACUGACGGAGGAGGUUCUUACGCGUCUUUGCGGUGCCGUGAAUUUCGGAUAUGGUACAUUCCAGUUGUGUAUAUCCAUGGUGCCUCCUAAGAUAUUGAAGCUGAUCGAGUUUCUUGGGUUUGAAGGGGAUCGGGAAGCAGGGCUGGGGUCACUGGAGUAUACUAGUCACAGCAAGGAUAUGAAGGCACCUCUGGCCACCCUAGGGCUGUUGUGGUACCAUACUGUGCUUAGACCGUUCUUUGCUCUUGAUGGUGCCAAUAGCUUCAGUGCAGGCACAACAGAAGCUGAGAACAUCAUUGCGGAGAAGGAGAAUGACUUCCCCAACUCUGCUCUCUUCCUGUUCUUCAGAGGUCGGAUACACCGGCUGAGGAAAGAGAAUGACUUGUCACUGGGGAUGUACCAGAAAGCGCUGGAGGAGGCUGCAGGGCAGAGGGAGAUAGAACUUAUGUGUCUCUAUGAAAUAAGCUGGUGUAAUCUACUAAAGCUGAGGUGGACGGACACACUAGAAGGAUUCACAAGACUGAAAGCAGAAUCAAAAUGGUCCAAGGCAUACUACUCCUAUCUUAUGUCGGUGUGUCUCGGAGCUCAGGGAGAUGUAGAGAAAGCUUACGAAAUCCUGAAGGAGGUUCCAGGACUUGUGAAGAAGAAAAACAACCAAAUAGAGGCAUUUGUUGGGCGCAGGGCUGAGAAGUUCAAGAAGAUUCCGCCCACACAGGAGCAGUGCCGCCUGCUGACCCUGGAGCUGGUGUUCCUGUGGCACGCCCUGCCCACCUGCACCACUGAUGAACUGAAGCCCAUGUUGGACGUGUGUGACAUGCAGACUGACAGCAAGGUGUACCACCUGAAGUGUCUGGUGGAAGGCUCUAUAUACAAGGAGCUGGGCGAGGAGGAGAUGGCAGUGCAGUGUCUGAAGGAGGCACUAGCUAGACACCAGGGGAUAAAGGAUGACAACCAUGUUCCAGCCUUCACCCUGUUUGAGCUGGCCUCCAUCUACAUGAAGAACCCAGAGACGGUUGGUGAGGCGAAGAGCUGCCUUCAGAAGAUCAAGGAUAAUUUCAAAGAUUACGAUUUUGAGAAUCGCCUGACUGUCCGUGUGAACAAUGCCUUGAAGGAGUUGAAACGCCGGUCGCAGGAGGCUGGAGUGGACAAGAAGGGAAAGAGCUAACUGACAGUGUCAUAUUAUAUCUUGUACAUAUCCAGGACUGAGUGAGUUAUCUCCCUUGCAUAUCUAAACUGUGUUAAAGAGACGAAUUCUUGCUGUGGAAAUAUGUUUUGUCUUAUACCUAAGGUUUUGAUAAAUAGAAAGCUUAAUUGGUAGAUUUUCUGCAUUGAUUGCAGCUCCAGGAAUUGGAUUCUGGUAAAUAUUUUUUUAAUGGUAAUUUGUAUAUAUCUGAAUUAUUUAGGUCAGAAUAAGUGGCACAUGAGGUAAAUUAUCCUGGAGGAAUAUAACAUACUUCACUACAGACCACUGACGUUAUUCUUGGUAUUUUGUCUUAUGUCACAUUUGCUGUGUCGAUAUUCCUUCACUGCUUCAUACUGUUACAGAGGUGAAAGUUUUAUGUUGUGGAAUCAAAUAUGGAACAUUUUCCCCACCUUUUCCAUAUCUUUACUUGAACUUCUGUCAGUAAAUAUUUCAGGCUUCAACUCCUUGCAUCGUGAACUUUUACAUUCAUAUGACAUCAGCCAAUGGAAUUAACUCCAAGGGAAAUAACUCAUACAGUUUCCCAACAUUCAGAACCAAUUGUCUUCCUUCAGUAUCAGUGUUUUGUUUACAAAGUUUUAGUAAAAUGUGAAUAUUUUUUGCUCUAUUUAUGUGUGCUUGUUACCAUGUAUGGUUCUUGCAUAUAUAUAUUGUGCGUAUAGUGGACCACUUUGCACAGUUCAUUGUUGAACAAAACCAGACUUUGAUUGUGAAGCUUUCAGUCUUUUGAUUACUUCAAAUAUCAUGUUAACAAUGUCUUCUUGUUUAUUUUUAAUCUUGUUAUCUAGAAGUAUGUGACAGCAGGGUUCAUAGCGACCAAAACACUUCUUUUUGAAACCACAUGGGUACAAUGUGUGAAGCCCACUUCUGGUGUCCAAUGCCGUGAUAUUGCUGGAAAUAUUACUAAAAGCGUCAUAAAACCAUACUCACGCUAUCUCUCUUUUUGUAAAAUAAUUUAGAUUGUUCAGUUGGUGGUGAAUGUUGAUCAUUGUUGGUUUGUAGCUUUAUUACCUUUACUGUAUAGCCAUUUAACAUUCUAGGUCUCAUGGCAUUGAAAAUUAUUUCUACCUCAAAAUUCUUCAAAACAGAGAUCAGUAUGAAUAAAAUGUGUUCAAUAAAAUUUGUUUGCUGGUAGAAAAGUAUUUGCCAUUUCUUGGUACUAAGUUUUUGUAAGUUUAGCGUUAACACUGUAAUUGAAAAAAUUAUAUUU